AAGACAGUCUGACAGAGCAGAUCCAGUGAGACAGUGAGCAACAGAGACAAGAGAGACAGACUUUUCACCUGUGGAUGACGUCCUGAGCAACACCUCAGCAAAGCUCUGCAGUUUUCUAUCGGAUUACAAAACCAGGAUUUCUCUCUCAAGUCGAGAUUUACCAUGAAGCUCUUCCUGUUGACGGUGGCGGCGCUGCUCCUGGUGGUGGGAGAGAGCGCUGCAGAAAGAAUCCUGUCCAGAAGGACCAAGAGGGAGCUCGCCAGUCCGCUCCACGUCGGAGGCAUCAGGGACCCGUUUGGCUCCUACUGCGAGAGGAGAGGAGGCUGCUGCCCCGGCAGAGACGACCUGUGCACGGUUCCCUACCUGGACACCAUCUGCUACUGCGACCUGUUCUGCAACCGCACCGUCUCCGACUGCUGCCCCGACUUCUGGGGUCACUGUCUAGGCAUCGAGCCACCUUUCAUAGGCACCUGCGAAAGAAAUGGAUUCAAGUUCUUUUCAGGGCAAACAUACAAAGAGAACUGCAAUUUAUGCACAUGUGGGACCACAGGCCGCUGGGAAUGUGAGCAGAACGCCUGUCUGAUGGAGCCUGACAUCAUCCAUGCCGUUAACAGAGGCAACUAUGGAUGGAAGGCUGCUAACUACAGUCAGCUCUACGGCAUGACUCUGGACGAGGGCAUCCGGUUCCGCCUGGGCACACAGAGACCAUCCAGGACUGUUAUGAACAUGAAUGAGAUCCAGAUGAACAUGGAUCCUCAGAGCAACCGUCUGCCGCUCUACUUCAACUCGACAGAGAAGUGGCCGGGAAAGAUCCAUGAACCGCUGGACCAGGGCAACUGUGCUGCAUCCUGGGCUUUCUCCACUGCAGCUGUGGCAUCAGACAGAAUCUCCAUCCAGUCGAUGGGUCACAUGACUCCUCAGCUGUCCCCACAAAAUAUAAUUUCCUGUGACACACGCAACCAGGGAGGCUGUGCCGGGGGACGCAUCGAUGGAGCCUGGUGGUACCUCCGACGUAGAGGAGUGGUGACAGAGGACUGUUAUCCAUUCCAACCCCCACAGCAGACGCCAGCGGAUGUGGGCCGCUGCAUGAUGCAGAGUCGCUCGGUUGGCCGUGGGAAGAGGCAGGCCACGCAGCGCUGCCCCAACACACACAACUACCACAACGACAUCUACCAGUCCACACCGCCCUACAGGCUCUCAUCCAAUGAAAAGGAGAUCAUGAAGGAGAUUAUGGAUAAUGGCCCCGUGCAAGCUAUUAUGGAGGUCCACGAGGACUUCUUUGUCUAUAAGAAUGGGAUCUACAAACACACUGAUGUCAGCUUCACCAAGCCUACACAGUACCGCAAACACGGCACUCACUCAAUCAGGAUCACUGGGUGGGGAGAGGAGAGAAACUUUGAUGGGACAUCAAAAAAAUAUUGGAUUGCUGCCAACUCCUGGGGAAAGAACUGGGGAGAGAACGGCUACUUCCGCAUCGCCCGCGGGGACAACGAGUGUGAGAUUGAAACAUUUGUGAUUGGCGUGUGGGGCAGGAUCACGAUGGAGGACAUGCACAACCAUCACCACCAUCGUCGCCGACACAUUUAGAGACACGACAGAUGUUAAAAACCCCACAGAGACCUUUGUUUUUAAUCCCACCUAUAGAUGGUUUUUACCCCCAAAGGAGAAGAGUCUCCGAACUUCAGCACAUCCCCUCACCCACCAAGCUGGCUGGGACAGCCACAAAAUCAACCCCAGAGCCCCCGAACCCUCUCUUUUUAUACCUUACUUCACUCUGGGGAUCAAUACAACCCCUCUUCUCCUCCUCUUUUAAGAGAGCAACCCUCCCCACUCUCCCUGUAACUCAAGGUUUAUGGCACCAAAAAGAUAAACUAAGCUAAAGCUCUUUUUACGUCGCCUUAAAUUAGGCACCUCAGGUACCUACUGAUCCAAAGACCACGCUUCCCACAAUCCUCAACGUUACCUUUGGUGAAACAUGUUCAUGUCAAAGUUGACAGAAAGAGAAGCUCAAUCUGAUCUUUUUUAUUCUUCUUUGUGCUUCUUUGUCAACCCGAACCUUUAGUCUUCUCUAAAUCUAUAAUCCAGACAGACCGAAUUUCAGAGGGACCGUUUGGAAAAGAGGAAAUCCGAGAGACAGAUUAUCAGACAUCAGACCCUUCCAGAGAGACACACCCAGCCGAACUGUGUAACAUGAUGAUAUAUCAUAGACGACCUUACUGACAUUUACCUGUCAGCUAUACGGAGGCACAGUUGGGCUCAUUCCCUCAGUUUUAGAGAGGACACUUGUAUGGAGUUGCAGGCGGUAGAGUUUCCCACACAUUCCAGUAAAAGCGUAGAAUCUGACACUGGAAACGGGAGAAGAUGUGGAGUAUAAAGAUGACAAAUCAAAAUGACUCCCAUGGACAUUUUAAAGCAAUUUAAUAAUGAAUCAGGCUAAACUAGGCCCUUCUUCUACAUGUUUCUACAGAGUCAGUAGGUGAGAUUAAACGUGUAUCAUUUGGCUACAGGUGAAAUCAAUCAUUUUCAGUCAUACUUGAUGAAUAAAAGUCACCACGAACAUGUAAAUAAAAGCCAUGCUGCCAUUCUUGACCACACCAUCCCAUUUAAAAAAUAAAACCCUGAUUAAAAAGAUUGCAAUGCCUUAAAGAAACCGAGUUGUUUUGACCACUGAGAAAGAAAGAGGCUAGUGUAUAGUAGUCUUAAUUUGCUCCGUUCUGUGUAAACUGUUACAAUUUGAGCUGAAGAGAAGAAAGAGAGAAAGUUAUUUUUUUGUCGCGGUUAUAUUGUGAAGUUUUAUUUUACUACUUGUUUUACGAUGUACUGUAUGUAGUAACUCUCAUAACACACUCAGUCGCUUUUCUGCUUGUGCUUCUUGAUAGUUGUAAGUGUUUGACCACAGCGAGGAGGACGAGGGGGGCGAUACUGCUGCUAAAGUCCAGUCUGUAGUUUGAUGCAUUUCAUAUGUAAUAAACAUGUAAAGCCACUUCUAACUAA